CUUAUCAAACUUGCUGGCCGGUCGUUCGUUAACGAACGCACCCCCCGUCGUCUGCUACAAAAUUUCUCCAGCAGUGCUCUCGUACAAAGUUUACCACUGCUCUACGGUGUUUCGUUUCGCAAUAUCACGCACUAUUGGCGGAGACGCUGUUUCAAGAGACGAUAUCGUUUCUCGUUCUGAGCGCGAGUUAUCAUCUUGCGCUACCUGAAGUACGUUGAUAUCACUGCUGGUCCGUUACUUGCACCCGAGCUGCCUGCAUCUCUCCGAGCCUUUUCUUACACCGAAAAGCCAUGGGCCGUGUACGUCAAUUCCGCUCAGUAUUUGGCAUCGACGAGCUGUCGGCUACAAGCACGCUGUGGAAAUCAAUGAUCGCCGAGUAUAUCGGUACUGCCAUUCUGGUUUUCAUAGCAUGCGGAACGUGCACAAACUGGGGUAAGCCUGGAGAACCCAGCAUCACACAGAUCGCGCUCAGUUUCGCUUUCAUCGUUGCCACAAUGGCUCAAGCUUUGGGUCACGUCAGCGGAGCUCACAUCAACCCGGCGGUAACGAUGGGAAUGCUAUGCGUUGGACACGUCUCCAUUCUCCGAGCCUUCUUCUAUAUCUGCAGCCAGUUGAUAGGAGGCAUCACAGGGGCAGCCAUCUUGAGGGCCGUAACACCGGAAGACCAGCAAGGAAUACUGGGAGGCACGAAGCUGGCGGAUGGAGUUACUCCGUUCCAGGGCGUCGUUGUCGAACUCAUGAUCACUUUCAUCUUGGUACUGACUGUCUUCGCUGUUUGCGACCAGAACAGGCUGGACAUCCUGGGAUCUCCUCCCCUUGCCAUCGGUCUCUCAGUUGGUGCUUGCCAUCUCAUGGCGAUUGGCUACACAGGUGCCAGCAUGAACACAGCUCGCACCUUCGGCCCAGCGGUGAUCUCGGGCGUGUUUGACGACCACUGGGUGUACUGGCUUGGACCCAUCGGUGGUGGUGUACUCGCCGGCUUCGUCUACCAAUACGUCCUCUCGGCGCCAGCGAUAACUAGCGAGGCCCUGGACAAGGCCCAGCUGGCGUCUCUGGCAAAGUUCCACAACAAGGAAGUUGUCGAAGACCGCACUACUUCCAUCUGAGAUGCACGACUGUUACUGUGAUUGCUUCAACGCCAAAAGGCUCUUGGACACCCGAAACUGCAACUUUGCGCGCGGCGCAGCUCCCUCAGAGUCUUUCAUAAUGUGUCUCAGAAACGCCUGGCGCCGUUACGUAGUUAUCCGUGUUAUCACGUGACGGCGCAUCCUGCAUGUGUACUGUUUUAUAGUCACUGAUUAGGUUUCAUAAUAGGUGCUGUAUGGCACGCAACGAAACAAUCGUAGGUUCAACCUGAUGCACAUGAUCCCAUAUCACAAAACUUGUCACUUUUUAUCAUUGGUCAUCAAAUUUUGUCAAAUCAACGAGCUGAUAUUUCCUAACAUCGUAUACGCAUUGAUAAUAGCGUAAACUGCGUGUACCCAGCGUAAUAUUUAUUUUCGGUUGUUUUAUGGCGCUGUUUAUACUAUUACAACUUCUAAGUUUCACAAAAUCGGAACUAGCUGAGCCGAACGUUCGUAUCAAUUAAUUUUAUAGGGAAAAAUGGCUCUGCCAGUAACAACGUGUUUCGUGAAGUACGCAUUGUUUUAAGGUACAAGCUCGCCGAAAGACGUUUCAUCGAAAGCCGGUCAUUUCAUCGAAUUGAUGCCUUUUUUUUCUACGCCUGAACAAAGGGCGCCACAAAGUUCCACAUUAUAAUGAUUUUGAGAAGGGCUCAUUGUUGUAUCCGGAAAAUCGCAGAGACGCUGAUGUUAAGCUCAAUACCGACAGCUCAAGAACUCAAGCUGAUGUUAAGCUCAAUAACUUUAUUUUUAGCCACUAAAUUGUACUCCUAGAGAAACGCCCCUCUGUUAGUUUUAUGAUACACUUGGUGCAUUUGUAUACAGGCAAUUGCAACAAAAUUCUCUUUCUGCAACAUCGUGUGCCAGACUGCCAGGAUGCUGUUUUCUUUCCGUUUUUUUUUUUUUUUUCUUGUUAAUGAGAUGUUAACAGAUGAAAAUGCUAACGUUCACAACGUAAGAUGUGUUAAUCUCAGGUUCAAUAAAGCUAAAGUAAACGAAAAGUAACGUGAUUUAUUUGAAUUUAAACGUGGGUUAGGAUUUGAUCUUAGCAUUGAUGAAUAAGCUUCUUAAUCGAUGAAUUGACCAAUAUUACAUCAAGUAGUUAGUAUCCUAACAUCGGUGCUGCGAUCAAGGAAACUUUUAUGACAAAUUUUACAACAUGAGACGACGGCGCGCGGCACGGAUAGAGACGUCUUUCGGAGGUCUUGAUGAGACGUCAUUCCAAACUUCAUAAUAUACCGCAUAUAGCAUGUCCCAUUUUUGACACUUCUGUACAUAACGGUUCAUCACAUCAUUACACGUGAUAUGGAGCAGUAUAUCACGGUGUCUUUUGUGUGUGUGUGUGUUCUUCUUCUUCUUACUAUUAUUAUUUUUUUUUUUACGAAGCGCAUGUGUUGUAUCCAUUGCAAUAAAGAUUUGUUGGUAUCUACGU